AAUCAAAGAGGAAGGCUUGUUUCUAGGCAACACGGAAAGCCUUCCUGUUCGACUGGCUUGGUGUAAAGAUGGUGCCACUGGAGCAACUCCACCUCAGUCACGUCUUACAGGCAGUGUCUGCACUGGAGUCCAUCGUCCUUCGCAGUUUUGGACCUGAAGGAGGACAGGUGCUGUUCACUAGAGAUACAGGACAAGUGAUGGUUAGCCGAAGCGGAAAACGCAUCCUCACUGCACUACAUCUGGAUCACCCACUGGCCAGGAUGGUGGUGAGGUGCGUCUGGAAGCACAGCACAAUAACAGGCGAUGGAUCCAAAACCUUUGUUCUUCUCCUUGCAUCAUUACUGCGAAUAAUUCAUGCAACAGCCACUAAGGACCCUCAUAUGUUUCAGCCUCAUAACUCCACAGAAGCGUCAGAAGCUGCCACUGCGCGGCACUUGGCUGACAGACUGCUAGAAUUUGCGCUGACUGAGUUGGACAAACUCAUUGUGCUGAAUGUGCUGCCACAUGGAUUCCGUGUUUCAUUAGAGAAUUUCACAGCGAAAACACAACAUGAUCUCAGUUGUCAAACUCUUCUAGUGUCGUUUUUUCGCACACGCCUGGGCUAUGCGUAUUGUGACUUUUUCCGCAACCUCUUCUGUGAACUGCUCAGUCACUGGAAGGUAAAAGAUGACCGACCCUCGUUCUCCAUGCAAUUUUUAAACAACAGCUUCCUAGCACUGCAUACCCAAGUGUCAGGCGUCCCUGUCAACUGCUCACGUUUGAUUGAGGGCCAGGUGAUUCACAGAGACUUUGCUACGCCUUGCCCCCAAGUAAGAAAGCAGCCACUCAAAGCUGUAGUUUUCAAUGGAUACCUGCAGCCGAAAUUACUCACCACAGGAGAUGUACUUGAGUUGCGUUGUGGAGACAAAGUGACAGAGGACAGGGGUAUUGUACACUUUAGCUCUUGGACAGAAAAGUCAGUGGAGAGCAUAAUUGCAACUCUGCAGAGUUUUGGUGUCUCUGUCCUUUUGUGUGCACUGAAACAGUCCUCUGCUGUCCUGGCUGCAGCAACACAGGCAGGGAUGUGCCUUGUGGAGUGUGUCAGUGAAGAAGAGAUUUCUCUGUUUACGCAGCUAAGUGGGGUAACACCCAUCUCGGACUGCAGGAGGAUUCAUCCAGAGCAUAUCGCAACACUGACUUUCUGUAAACCGUUACUGCUUGGAGCCCACAGAUACGUUCAUUUGGACUUCCAUGAUUGUGAAGAAAGACUCAAAGUUAAACCUUGUAGCCUGGUGAUUUGUGCCCCAAGCGAAGGUCAAGCUGAUCAGCAUGCAUGUGCAUUUCAAGACGCCUUUCGAAUGCUACUGACAGCAUUGGAGCCCGUGCGCAAGACUCAGACGGCUCUAGAGGAAACCAUCCCAUCAAAAAAAUGCACGUCUUUACAUGCAGACAAUAUAAGUAAUGGAACUGCAUGCAGAGUGCAUCUUCAUCAGAAAUGUGUGACAGAGACGGGUUGUGUAAUAUCUGCAGGUGGGACAUUUGAGUUUCUGCUGCACCAUGCCCUUCAUCAAUAUGGUCACAGUUGCUCAGUUUCUGUUAACACAAGUGCAGUUGUUCCAGUUUCCCAGCUCUUGGAAAAGGCCCUGUUGAGCGUACCCCGGCAGAUUUACUCUCACAACCUAAAACAUUUCCUGCAGGCACAAACCAGGGUCGUGGCUUUAAUUCCAAAACAACCCCACGCCCUCAGCGCAAACUUCAUACACACUGAAGGUCCUCUUGGAGAUGGUAAACUAAGCUUAUGCUCUUGUGAAAAUGGUAACAUGUCAUUAAAGCUUUUGGACUUGGGCCUUGAAUCUGUCUCUUGUAAGUAUCAGCUGGUACUGGCUGUGCUGCAGUGUCUCACAAAUCUGCUCCGAAUAAACAUGGUGCUGCGGACACACGCUGUAUUACACACAGAGUCCCACGAUUCCCUGAAUGCUCACUCGGAAAGCUCAGAGGGCGAGGAUGAAGACUGAAGUUGUGUUGCUCCAACAGGAAACCAGAAAUGUACUUUUUGUGGCAGCAUUCAGAAAAAAAACCCAUCUGAUUUUAGAUAAAAUGAUUGCACUGUAUUUUUUUCCAAUGUGUUUUUUCUUGAUAGUUCAUUGCAGUGUUGACAGACUGUAAUGCUUUUGAUCUGUGAAAAUCUAUUACAUGUAAAUGAAAACAUAAGAGAGAAUUCUAUUUAUAGGCAAACAGAUGAACUGAGAUGAGGUUUUGCCAAACAAAUAAAAUAAGGAGAAAAUCUUGUAAUUUCACAUUGCACAGAAAAAAGUGACAUAGAAAUGUAUUUGUCUCCGUUCUAGUUUUUCUUCUGGUUUUCUUUUUUUUUUUUUUACUCGCACCUAAUGUUUUAUAUAUUUAAACACAUCAUACUAAAGAUAAACGGAGUGAAUGCUGUUUUCAAACAGUAACUACUUAUUUUUGAGAGGAAAACAAAAUCUAUCCAAGCCAUCAUUUUGCUGCAUCAAAAGUAAAUCCUAAAUAAACCCAAUAACUGAUUGUGCCAGAGUUGGCAGCAACAACUGCAAUUAAUCAUUUGUGAUAGCUGGCAAGAAGUCUUUGAGUAGGAAUUUUGACCUGCUUCUUAUUGUAGAUUUGUUUUGGUGUUGUAAGCCUUCAUGAACUGAUCAGGAAAUCAUGUAUUCAAUUUUGAGUUCUGUUGAGUUCUGUUAACUCACUUCAUGUUCUGUUUCAGUGAUUUCUUGAUUUUACAAGUACCAUUAAUGAAGCAUUGGUGGGGGUAAUGAAAUUGAACCAACAAAAGUGUUAAGUCAUACGUAGUUCAAGAUUAAAUAUGGAACCCAGCUGUACUUUCAUAUAGGGUUGGUCCAGAAAACCACUGUUUCUUACUAAAUUAAAACGUUUGAAAACUACAUUUUGUAUUUACUCAGAUUUUCUGACAAUACAAUUUGCUUGAUCACCUAAAACAUUUAAGUAUGACCAAAAAAAAAAAAAAACUGAAGAAACCGUCUUCACCGCACUAUACAUCCAUUAAGUAAAUUACUCUUAAAAAAAAAAGGAAAAGCUCAUUUGCGUCGUUAUUUGUUUUUCAAAAUGCCUCUUUCUUAUCUUUGUUGUCCUUCGAUAUUCCUUUGAGCAUCACAGUUUGGUGUGCACAAAAUAAACUUUACUGUUGUAACAGCACAGAAACAUGGCCUUACAUGUGAAUACUCUCCUUUUAGAAAUCAGCCUUAUCUGCAUAGUGGGGCUUUGGCAGCACCCAACUUUCAACAGCCAAAUCAUAGUCUGCUUCCUUGUGCUGUAAUCAGAGGAACACAAAUGCUGUUUUCACCUUUGUUUUUGGCAGAAACUGAGUCAUCUGGAUUUUAAUUAGACUCUUAAUCUAUUACACUGCCUUCUGUUUACUGUUACUUCUGCAUCCUUAGUUUUUGAGAGAAAUUUUCCACAAUUUAAUGAAGACAAAGUGACUCAGAAUCACUUUGUCUUAAUCAAAGGCAGCUCUUUUCUUUGUUUAUGAUCCCUAUGAGUCACUGUGUUGAUUGUCACCAAAAUCAAAGCGGAAAAAGUUGAGGGAGUGGGUGUUUUUUUUUUUUUUUUCCUCUCCACACUAGGGAACAAACCAAAAGUGUUUUUUUGUUAUCAGGACACCUCGGCCUUUCUAAUCCUGUCAUGCCCUUUUGUAGUGUGCACCAAGUACACUCAGUGAAAUAGUAAAUUAUUCAUGUUUGGUCUCCAUAUGAUUAAACAGAGUUCCAGUGCAGUCUGGAAAAAGAAUGGAAUAGGAUUUUAAGUUCCUCAGAUCUGGAAAUGUAUGAAGAAGUCAAAUAGUCUUUGUUUUCUAACCUAUUAUAUUAACAUUAUGCCCAGCCUUCAUUGUGAUCUUGAUCUUCACUUCUCUUCCUUUCUUCAAUCCCUCUGUGUCUAUAAUUUCUUAUAUUAUUGUCACCCUCUUACCUUCUUUAUUGUUUCCUCCAUUCCUUUUUUCCUUUUCUUUUUGCAUGUCCUUCCUUUCCUUAUUGUGCCCCCCUUCCCUACUUUAUUGUGUCCAUCCUUCUUUCCAUUUCUGUCCUUUCUAAUGCCUUUCCUCCCAGCUUCCCUUAUUUCUUCAUGUAUCCAUCCUUGCUUCCUUAUAGUCCUCGUCUCUUCCAAGCGUCUUCCUUCGUGUUUUGCAUUCUUCAAUCUUUGCGUACAUACUUUGCAAGCUCCAUACUGUAACUCUUUUUUCUCAUUUUCCAUAUCUCCUGUUUCGUGUCCCUUAUUUUCUUUCCUCCUUUUGUCUGCCUUGUUUUUGAAGAUUGCCAUUUUAAAGCAUUUGCACUGCAGAAAUAUUUACAAUAAGUUCAUGUUGAAUUUGAAUACUUGAUUUUUUUUUUUUCUCAAGUGAACACAAAAGAACUAGAAACUCUGGGGAAUAGUCUGGAAAAGUAUGGUAUCUUAUCAUAACAAAAAUAUUUUAAUAUCAUGAUUAAAAGCAACCUGCGAGAAUGCCAUUUCUUACAAUGUGUGCUUGUGAGUCCAAGACAGAUCAAAAGAUCCUCAAAUUCAACCUAAAUCACUUUAUUGUAUUUGGCUCUUGUUAACAUAGAUUAAUAGUGCAUAGUGUAUAAAUGAAAUUAUUCUGUCAAAUCAAGAGGACACUGCAAAAUGCUUAAACUGCAUAUAUACACACCAAGCAUCCGAAAAUGUACAAACAUUAAUAUAAAACAUACAAAAAUUGAAAAAAAACCCCAAAAACAAAUAAAAGGCGUUUCAAACAAGGACAAAUUAAAACAUAAAUGACAGGAAAAAAUGGAGCCGAAUGCUACUGUAACACCAGGCUUGUUUAAACCACAAAUAUCUCGUAGAUUUUAGCUUGGCAUUAAUUUGGCUGCUAGCCAUCAUCAGUUUUGUUGCCUCUUUUUUACUUCUUUGUUGCACUGAAGUGGAAGUGUUUCCAUUAGCAGGAUAUCCAAAGUGGUCGCCAUCGAUAAAUCAAUAUCAUCAAUACACACUGACAUGCUGUUUCGCUUAGAUAGUUAGAAGCUCACAAAUGCCGAUUUUAGUCAAAUAACCACACAUUUACACAUUUCAGUACUACACAGCUGCUGACGCAGAUGGCACCCGUUCUAUACAUGGACAUAGUGAAAACAUUGCAUCUAUCUUAGGAGCAAAGUUAUCGCUGAUUUACUGAUAUACUGAGAGAAUGUGAAAAUAUGUUGGGACAUGAACUCUGAGGUAACCUCUUCUAGCAUCUGGUUAGCUUUGGUCUCAUUUAGAUAAAAGAGAAAAAAACAACAACUCAGAAACAAACAAGCAACCAUUCUGCCAAAAUUUGUUUACUGACAAAAUUCUCUUUCACUUUGGACCACAUUUAUAAAGUAAGCCAAUUGUGGCAUU